AUGGGCAUUCUCGAGAAGAUCCAGGACAUUGAGAACGAAAUCCGUCGCACGCAAAAGAACAAAGCCACGGAAUACCAUCUUGGUUUGCUCAAGGCCAAGCUGGCCAAGUACCGAGUACAGCUCCUUGAAGGCUCCAAGACCAAAUCAGAAAAGGGAGAAGGUUUCGAUGUUAUGAAAUCAGGAGACGCACGCGUUGUCAUGAUUGGUUUUCCUUCGGUUGGCAAGUCGACACUCUUAAACAAGCUGACAACGACCGAGUCAGUUGCUGCAGCAUACGAAUUUACCACUCUCACAUGUGUCCCUGGCAAGUUUACCUACAAGGGCGCCAACAUUCAAUUGCUCGAUUUGCCUGGUAUCAUUGAAGGGGCUUCUCAGGGCAAGGGUCGUGGUCGACAAGUCAUUGCAGUGGCUAGAACAGCCGAUGUUGUCCUCAUGAUGCUUGACGCCACUAAAUCAUCACGUCAACGUGAAUUGCUGGAAGCUGAAUUGGAAGCUGUUGGUAUCCGGUUGAAUCAGUCUUUCCCCAACGUAUCCUUCAAGAUCAAAAAAGCAGGAGGCAUCAGUUUCAACGCUACUGUCAAAUUGCAUUACUUGGACCAGAAAAUGGUGCAAAACAUUCUUCAUGACUACAAAAUCUUCAAUGCCGAUAUUGUGAUUCGUGAGGACAUUACAGUGGACCAGUUUAUCGAUGUGAUUCUUGGUAAUCGACGCUAUAUCAAAUGUAUCUACUGCUACAACAAGAUAGAUCAAAUCACAAUGGAGGAAUUGGAUCGGUUGGCAAGAGAGCCUAAUACGGUGGUCGUUUCUUGUGAGCAAGAUCUCAACAUGGAUUACCUUGUCGACUCUAUUUGGAAGAAGUUGAAUCUUAUGCGAGUCUAUACUAAAAGGAGGGGUGAGCUUCCCGACUUUGAUGACGGCCUUAUUGUACGCAACGGUGCAACCAUUGAACACGUAUGCCAUGCUAUUCACAGAUCACUGGCACAUAGUUUCCGGUACGCCCUUGUUUGGGGUACGUCUACCAAGCAUAAUCCACAACGAGUCGGUAUCAAUCAUCUAGUACAUGACGAGGAUGUUGUCCAAGUAGUCAAAAAGUAA